AUGUGGGACCAGUCUCGGCUAAUGGAAGAUUCAUACACGCCAGAUGCAGCAGAAACCAUCCAGAUUUCGUCUUUGGCUCUUAUUAAAAUGCUUAAGCAUGGAAGGGCUGGAGUGCCAAUGGAGGUCAUGGGGCUCAUGCUGGGUGAAUUUGUAGAUGAGUAUACUAUCCGGGUGGCAGAUGUAUUUGCCAUGCCGCAAAGUGGGACGGGUGUGAGUGUGGAGGCAGUUGACCCGGUUUUCCAGACAAAAAUGAUGGAUAUGCUGAAAAUAACCGGAAGAGGAGAGAGUGUUGUGGGGUGGUACCACUCCCAUCCAGGAUUUGGGUGCUGGCUGUCGAGUGUGGACAUAAACACGCAGUCUGCCUUUGAGCAGCUGUCAAAGAGGGCAGUGGCUGUGGUUAUAGAUCCAAUACAGAGUGUCCGUGGGAAAGUGGUGAUAGACGCAUUUAGGCUUAUUCCCAUGCAGAAGUCCAUAACAGGAGUAGAACCCAGGCAGGUUACCUCAAAUAUAGGAUAUCUGACGAAGCCAACUCUUGUGAGCAUGAUGCACGGACUGAACAGGCACUACUAUUCAAUCAACAUACAGUACAAGAAGAAUGAGCUUGAGGAGAAGAUGCUCCUGAGUCUCCAUAAGAAAACGUGGACAGACUGUUUGAAGAUGGAGAACGUGGUGGAGUUUGAGAAGAAAGCAGAGAGAAGAAAGAAGGCGAUUAAGGAGCUGGGGCACUCUCUGAAGAAGAGGGUUGAAGAGGAGAAGGCUGCAAAGGAGCAGAACGUGGAGAUGGAGACAGUGGGGAAACUGGACAUCAGAAGAAGAAUCCUGCACGAGUCAGAGGCAUUGAUGAGCGAGAAUACCAUGCAGCAGUUAAUUACGCAUAUUCACAAUAGAAUAUUUUCGUAA